AUGUAAACAUCAAUGGACUUUUAACCAAAAUCUGAACCAUCUGAACGUAUAAUCCAAUAUUUUAACACUUUUGUUCAUUGUUUAUUUGAAAAACUUUGAACAUGCGUCGUCGAGGAGUUGGUGGAUAUGGAGCGAUUCAAAAACAGCAACUUGCUCAAGCUAGAUUUAAAGAUAAAGGCUCCGAAAUCGCCGAUGAUCAGCUGCAGCAAAUGACCAAGCAGAUGGAAACUUUUAGAUCGAACUUACAAGACUUCGCAUCCAAGUAUAAAAACAAAAUUCGAAAGAAUCCAGAAUUUCGUCAACAAUUUCAAGAAAUGUGUGCUGCCACUGGUGUAGAUCCUUUAGCUUCCAGUAAAGGAUUUUGGGCCAAUAUGCUCGGAGUGGGAGAUUUCUACUACGAGCUUGGAGUGCAGAUAGUUGAAGUUUGCCUAGCUACUCGUCACCGCAAUGGUGGCAUAUUACCUUUAGAAGAUCUUCAACAGCUCGUGCUAAAAUCGAGGAAAAUAUCUUCGAAACAAGAAGAUAUAGGCUAUGACGAUCUUCUUCGCGCCAUUGAUAAGUUGAAAAUUCUUGGAGAGGGCUUUAGGACGAUCGCUUGUGGAAAAAAGUACAUUGUGCAAUCUGUGCCAGCUGAAUUGAGCAUUGAUCAAACGCAAGUGAUUCAAAAAGCGAGUGUCACAGGAUAUGUUACUCUCUCUAGUUUGAUGGAGGACUUUGGGUGGGAAAAAUUGCGUGCUCAGCGUUCUGUUGAUGAUUUAAUUCGAGAAGGACUUGUAUGGGUGGAUGAACAGUUCGCUGGGGAGUAUUGUUACUGGUUUCCAGGACUUCAGAAAGUGUCAUAAGUCUGUGUUGUUAUUUGUUCCAAAAAUAGUGUGAACUAUACAUUGGCAGUUUUUUAAAAAAUAAAGUAUUUUGAAUGUUUUUCUAGAAUUUGAAAAAGGUGAAUCCUGUGACUAAUAACUAACUGUUAGAAAAAAACCUCACAAUUGUAUCAUUAUUUAUGUAUGGGUACUUUCCUGUUAUCAGGUAUGUUGACAGGCUUGCCAGCUUUUUUACUUUCUACCUUGGCAACAAUUGAAAAAAGAAUUACUUUUACAUAGUCACCAUGUUUGCUCCUCUUUUUCUAAUUUUACAUUUUAAUGUUUAUUUAUGACUUGUAUAUCUAUUUGGUGGGUUACCUUACUUGUUGAUGGAACAUUUAGCUAAUUUGGCAAGUUAGUGUUUUAGUGAAAUAGAUUAAUAGCUCAUGUGUUUAUUUGGCAGAUUUUUUUCAAUUAAUGGAGCUUGUUGCAAGCAGGGUUGUCAAGGUUUUGGGCACUACGGUAGAAACCCUAGUUUUUACCGUCCUGUCGGAAAGCAUUCAAAACUAUAUUUUUACAAAAUUGUAUUGUGUGAGAAAACAUCAAAAAGAGAAUAAAAUGUAUCAAAGAAAUGUUUUACAUUGAACAUUCAUUCAAUGAUAACAUUCUACUUUUUAUGCAGUUGAUUUUGAAGUUAAAUUCUUGAUUAAAAUUUCAAUUUGUAUACAUGAGUUUUUUAUUUAUUUAUUUUGAAUAAUAGUACUCAACCCAAAUUUCCCUAUGCUUGUUUGCAAAUGAAAGCAGGUUUGGCAAGGUUUUGACCAUCCUAUUCAAAACUCUCGUGUCCAAAACUAUUUUUUGUGAGAAAAGACAGAACAGAAUAUGUCAAAAAAAAAAUUUUUUUUAAGCUGUUUAAUGUAUUUAUUCAAUGUGAAAAUUCAAGUGUAUAUGUAGCUCAUUUCAAUGUAAUUACGUAGAAAUUAAAUUAUUCAUUA